AUGGAGUCCUUUCGAGACUUUGGGGCAGCUGACAGUUACCCAAGCCAAGCUCUGCACAAGACCAGGAUGUGCCAGAGCUUUGCCUUAGGAAGCUGUGCUAUGGGAGAGGUCUGUCGCUAUGCGCACACACCGGAAGAGCUCAAGAAGACCAAGCUGUGCAGGCAUUUUGAGAACGGUGAUUGCCGGAACGGAGUUCGCUGCACUUUCGCACAUGGUGAAGCACAGCUUUUUGUGCCACCUGCAGGCAUGGACGCACAGGCCGCGCAGGCACAUCAAGUAGGAAGAUCUGGAGGUCCAGUUGGAGAACACGCAGGGCUCGUCCGCAAAACGAAGCUGUGUCAAAAGUUCAAAGAUGGCACCUGCCCUUUCGGCUCAGAGUGCCACUUUGCACAUGACCUGUCUGAGUUGAAGAAGACCAAGAUGUGCGAUCACUUUGCACGUGGAAGGUGCAGGAAUGGCAGCACAUGCAUCUUCGCACACGGAGAAGGAGAGCUUUACAUUCCGGAAGAAAAAGACUUUGUACCACCUCGCCCGGCAGCUUCAAGGGUUUGGGAGUCCAGCAGAGAGUCGGUCAACGGUGAUCUCCACAAGACCAAGCUGUGCCGGAAUUUCCUGGAAGGUGGCUGCUCCUACGGUGCGAGGUGCCGCUUUGCACAUGGCACCUCUGAGCUCAAGGCGGUGGCGGCCUCGGCAAAAGAGGAAGAUAGAAGCUCUUUGAUCGAAGAUGGGCCGCCGCCAAGCGAAGACUCGGACUCGGACCAGGUUUCCAGUGCAGACUCUGAGGUGCAGAGCGGCACGCGAAGCUUCAGGUGCAUGGCUUCAGCCAUUGUGCAGCAGGUGUGCGGGACGAAGGCGGUGCUUCAAGUGCGUGGGCAACAGCGCAUCGUCGCACUUUCAUGCUUUGCAGAUCUGUGGUUCACACAGCCCUUCGAGGGCAAUGAGCUCGCGUUCCCCGACGUGUCGCAUUGGUCCAGGCACAUCCAAAUUGUGCCUCAUUUGCGCAAGGUGGGGGAUCGAGGGAUGAGCGACCCCCAGCUCUGCAAGUUCAUGGAGAACCUUUGGAAUGCUUAUUGCAGCGAGGGUGCAGUAAUCCUCUCACGCUUGCAGCUGUAUUCUUUCCCUCACAUGGAGUAUGCUCUCCAAGAAAAGCGGCUCCCGGUUUCGUGCAUCCUGCAGAUUGUGGAUCUUGCCAUGGAGAUUCUCAAAGACAUGGGCUCCAAUGUGUCGCUCCCUGACGGACAGCCCACGACCCCGGAGUCUUCUUUCAUACUGCAUCUGUUGAAAAGCUCCUUUGUGAGACGUAGGCUGCCAGAGGCACUGUCUCGAGGUGAGCUGCCAUCGAAGCGGGCGGCUGAUUUCAUCAGGGAGGCUUGCUGGGUCCUUCCUGCAUAUGUGUUCCUCCUGACCGCCUUCAUUGAGACUGCAUCCAAGACAGGAUCCACAGAGAUGCUCCUGUACGUUGUGAAGACCUACAGCGAGCUCUUGGCAUCACAGGCCGGCUAUGUGAACCUGGUGUCGUGGAGCAAACUGGUCCUCGCUCCGCAGCUGUUGAGUGGGGAUCUGUCCGACCUGCAGUCCCUGCCAGCAGUGAAGUGGAGUUACGACACCUUCGAGGAGUACAUGGACACGUACUUCCGACUGCUCCGGGCAGAUUGUUUCGCAUCCUUGCAAUCGGGUGUACAACAGUUCAUUGCAGGGAAGCUGGACCCUCGUGACCUUCGGGUAUACCAUGCAAGGAUGACCAAAAUCCACGUCCUCAAAUUCUCGCAAGGACUUGUGGCCACCAUCCGCUGCCAAGACUACUUCGGGCGGAGGGGCUUUCCUCCAAGUGCACUAAUGCAGAGCAACUUGGUGUGCAUAUCCGUCGGCGAGGAGCCCUUUCACGAGGUCCUGUGGGGUCGAAUCGUGGAGCGGCCCAGCGACAAUCGGAAGGACAGCAUCGAGGUAAGCAUUCAGUUUCCCCAGUCCCUAAACCGCCAGCUGCACAGCAAGAGGCUCUUGAUGAAACUCUUUAGUGCCCAGCUCUUGGCUGACAGCCCCGUCUUUUUCCAAGCCUUCGGCCCGGUCUUGGACAAGCUGCAGGGCACCACCGAGGCCACCAUGCCCCUGAACAGGGUGCUGCUGGGACAGAGGCAGGGCAUCCGAGAAGCGGCUGAGCAGCUGCCUUGGUCGGCGGCAGCGCUGACGUCCCUACGGGGCACUUUGGAGCGCCGGGAGCGUACUUUCGACGAAGCUCAGCUGAAGGCCUUGGAGAUGAUGCUGCAGUCAACAUGCUGCUGCAUUCAGGGUCCCCCUGGGACCGGCAAGAGCUUUCUUGCUGUGGAGGCCUGUCGGCACCUCCUUCAUGGAAGCACUUCCCUGUCAAAUGGCUUUGGUACGAGUCGCCGCUUUGCUGACGCUGAAAGAGCCUAUGACAGUGAGGAUGAUUUCGUUGAAGACACAUCCGAGAUGUCGGAUGAGUCAGGGCCUCGUGAUAAUCGACGCCGUAUACUGGUCUUGACCUACAAGAACCAUGCCAACGAUGAGUUUCUGGUCGAUUGCCAGAAACACAUGCCUCACAUGCAGGUCGUUCGAAUCGGGGGACGUUGUGAAGACGAGAGGCUGCAAGAUUGCAACCUGAAGACCCUGGCGGCGAAGCAGAAGAAGGAUAAGGUCUCGGGCACGAUGGCUUUCAAGUUGAUUUCAGACAAGAAAGAAAUCAUCGAUCGGCUUCAGCGAGAAAUGUCCUGUCUCGAGGCCGAGAUGGAUCCGUCAAAGCUAUUUGCAGCAAGUGCGACCGAUCAGCAGAUUUGUUCCUUGCUGGAAGGCUGCCCAAACAAGCAGCGCGGCCAUGUGAAGCAUCACGAAAGCCUCCUCCGGAGCCUCGCAGAAGGCCUGCGCCCGACGGCUUCGGACCUGCGGCCCUGCUGCAAACACUGGCUCCCCAAGCGCCCGGAGCCCAAGCCCAAGGAGCCAAAGGAGCCGAAGGAGACGAAGGUGCUGGAAGAUGUCGAGGCGGAGGAGGUAGCACUGGAGAGGCAAGCCUUCGCGGAACAGACCGAGAAGCUGUGCACUCUGAAUUUGGAGGAAUGCUUGGGGCCCACUCUCUUCCUGGAUGCCGCGCCUUUGUCGGUGGCAUACAGUGAAGAUGUCUGGGCCAUGCGGGCGCGCGAGCGUGCAGGGCUGCUGGGCACCUGGCUGGAAUCAGAGUUGAGCAACUCGAACGUCUUUGACACCAUCCGAGAGUGUGACAGAAUUCAGGAGCGACUGACCCGCAUUGAGCAAGAUCACCAGCAAACGAUCCUUCGUGAGGCUUCCAUUGUUGGCUGCACUAUCAGCGGUGCCUCAAUCCGCGGAGAUCUCUUGAAAAAGGUGAACUUUGAUGUGGUGAUAGUGGAGGAGGCCGCUGAAAUCCUCGAGUCUCAGCUGGUUGCAGCCGUUCCUUCAACAUGCCGGCAGCUAAUUCUGGUCGGAGACCAUCUGCAACUUCGGCCCAAGAUCGAGAACCACCUGCUGGGCAAGCAGUUGAACUUUGACCGUUCCAUGUUCGAGAGGUUGCUGCUGCACAAGCAGCACGAUGAGCGAUACCCCCAGAAGACCCUGAUACUGCAGAACCGUAUGCGGGAUGAUUUUCUCUGCCUGCUCAGGCCACACUACCCAGAUCUAAAGUCCAAUUUGAUGAGAGUCUCUCAGAACGAGCAGCUCUCUUGUGUAACGAAGCCUAUGUACUUUCUCCGUAUGCGCUCGCUGUCCGAGACGGAGUCUGAAAUCGGCCGGAGCAAGAUGAACCGGCCCGAGGCAGACGUGAUCCUUGCUUUCAUCGCCCACAUCCUCCACGAAGGCUAUGAGCAAAGCGACAUCACCGUUCUAGCCAGCUACAAUGGACAGGUGAACUUCCUGAGGCGACAGCUUCGGGACAGGCAGCUGAGCAGUGUGGUUUGCUCCUCCAUCGACCGGUACCAAGGCGAUGAGAAUCGAUUUGUCUUGGUCUCUCUGGUCAGGUCGAAUGAUGCGGACGAGAUCGGCUUCCUGCGUGAGCCAAAUCGGCUGAUCGUGGCAGCUUCACGGGCCAGGUGUGGAGUCUUUUUCUUCGGGAACGACCUGCUGUUGGCAAAGAAAUCCAAAGAUUGGAGACAACUUCUUCGCACGAUGGAGGAGCGGGAGGAAGUUGGAGACAAGCUGCCGGUGAUUUGCCCCCGACAUCCCCACAUUCCGCUUGACUUAGGCCAGGAGUGCCAUCACGUUUGCAAGGCAACUUUGCCGUGUGGGCAUACUUGUCAGGCACACUGCCACAGGGAUGGAUUUCACCCGCCUUGUAAACAGCCGGCCAUUGCAAGGCUGAGAUGCGGACAUGACAAGGCCUGCGAGUGCUCAGCACGAGACCAGGCGGAUGAGAUCUUAAAGUGCCAUGAGAUGGUGAACUUUCACCAUGAAGGCUGUGGUCACCAGGACACACGCAGGUGCUGCGACAAGCCGAAGCCGUGCACAAAGGCGGUGCGCAUGCAGUGUUGCAGCUGUUCGGGAUGGUCGUCCACGCAAUGUCAUGUGAAAUCCGAAGGCAACUUCCAGUGCCGCUUGCCUUGCAAGAAAAUCAUGAAGUGUGGACACCCCUGCAGCUUGGUUUGCUUUGAAGAUUGCGAUCUGGCCUUGGACGAUUGCAAGCUGUGUGCGCAAGAGCUCGAGGACGCCAAGAGAGAGCAAAUGGCAAAGGUUCAAGAGCUGCUGGCGCAGAUUGGCGACCCAGGGUUCUUCCAUGUAGAAGAGCUGUCGCGAGAGCAGCAGCCUUUGGAUUUCGACACGCUUACUUCAUCAGUGGCAUCCUUCUUCAGCACGUCCGGCUUCGAAGCAGAUAUCCAACUGGCCCAGCGUGUGAAGAACACAGACUUGGAGCGUCAGUUCUAUCGCGGCCACGAGCUUGUAACAGCCCCUGUCCCUGAGGGUGCUCUGCGCAUUCUGGAAGUCGCCUCACUGGACGUGGCUCAGCAAGUUGCAAAGAAGGGCCUUGGGCAUCGCAAGAAAUUUUGUGACUUCUACAAGUCCUACAAGAGGAGAGAGUCGACACCGGGCCUGCUGACUUUGGUGCUCUGCCGAGUUCAGACGGGUCGUGUUUACACCGUGGGCUCUCAUUUCAAGCACCAUCAGAACAAGUGGGAACAGGUUCUCAAGCCACCCGCCAAUUUCGAUUCCGCCUUCAACUCGGACACUGCUUGCUUGCGGCUUUUCCGACUCUCGGUGGGUCUGCCGAAGUACAUCCUUCAGGUGCGGCUGAAGGAAGUGACCGUGACCGGUUCAAGGCCACCACAUUGGUCGGGAGCGGAAUGCCCGGCACACUCCGAGCGCUUCUGGAAGCUGAGUUUGGCAUCGGAGUUGGAGCAGCAGGCCUUGGGGAAGGCCCUGGCUCCUGGCUCGAGCUUGGGCGGAAGGGACAUGCAUGUCCACGGUGAACACAGUGGCUUCCGGCUGAAGAUGGCUUGGCGACUGGAGCACGAUGUUCUGUGGAAGGAAUACAUGGCUGCUAGGACCAAAGUUCAGGUUCAAAUGGAAUCCCUCAGGAAGCAGGGUGCUUCCUUUGCCAAGGUCGACUUAAGAAAGGAGUACAGCACCCUCCUGCGUGAGCUGCCGGUGAACAAAACAAAAGCGAUGGACGAGCAGAUCAACGAAGUUUACCUGAGCCAUGGGACAAAGCCUGAAGUGCUUCUCACCAUCUUGCAGAACGGCUUGAACGAACGCUUCAGCAGAGGCCUCUUUGGCAACGGUACUUAUUUCGCGGAGGAUGUGGGGAAGAAUGACCAAUACUGCGCACCAGACCAUGGCGGUCAGAAUCCACUUCAAAAAGUCUUGUACCACGAGCUGAAGAUUCCUCCUGCACACGGUGUCUUCUACGUCCUGUUCUGCCGUGUUAUUCUUGGCAGUCCAGUUCGGACUCAAGAUGGAAAGUACGACAUGGAUCAGCGACCUCAAGUCAGUGUUUGGAGCAGUGAACAACGAGAGUUGGCAGCAAUUCCGAAAUCAAGUCCCCCUAUCAAUUUCCAUUCCCUCCUCGCAGAAAAGGGAGGGAUGAUCAAGAGAUACCGCGAGCUGAUCGUCUACCAUGGUACCCACAUCUAUCCAGAAUAUGUGGUCGCGUACCAACGUAUCUGA